AAAAAAGUCGAUUUCUUUUUUUAUGAAUACUUUUCUGGCCCCGAUCCCAUCACACCGACCCCACCUCACGUAAUAAGUACAAAUCUUACUCAACUCAUAGCCACCCUUGCCCCUCCACUCCACAGACUACAGAUUCUAUUCGAUCAGAAGAUUUUGAUCUGAAAACAAAACCCUUUGCCUAGUUUUUUGCUGCAGAAUCAAUGGCGAGACCCGAAGAGCUGCCGGUGCCCAUUUACAAGUCUCUGGAUCCUGUUUAUGGAACCGGGUCGCAGCUUGAAGAGGCAGAGCUCCGAUUCCACAAUUUGAAGGCCAAAUUCACUGAAUUCUUUGGGCAAGCCCCUGAUGUCUAUGCUCGAUCGCCAGGGAGAGUGAACUUGAUAGGAGAGCAUAUCGAUUACGAAGGUUACUCAGUGCUGCCUAUGGCGAUUCGGCAAGAUACGAUUGUGGCAAUUCGAAAAGUUGAAGGGGAGAAGAUUCUUCGAAUUGGAAAUGUGAAUAGUGACAAGUUUUCAAUGUGCACUUAUCCUGCUGAUCCUGAUCAGGAAAUUGAUCUGAAGAAUCAUAGAUGGGGUCAUUAUUUCCUUUGCGGGUAUAAAGGUUUCUAUGAAUAUGCAAAGUUAAAGGGGAUCGAUGUUGGCGACACUGUUGGACUUGAGGUGGUUGUUGAUGGCAUUGUUCCGACUGGAUCCGGGCUAUCAAGCUCUGCGGCGUUCGUUUGCUCUUCUACAAUUGCUAUAAUGGCAGUCAUGGGUGCAAGCUUUGCCAAGAAAGAACUUGCUCAAUUGGCUUGCGAAUGUGAAAGACACAUUGGAACUCAAUCGGGUGGAAUGGAUCAGGCAAUAUCUGUGAUGGCUCAAUCGGGCCUUGCUGCACUGAUCGAUUUCAAUCCUAUUCGUGCGACUGAGGUGCAACUCCCGGCCGGUGGGACAUUUGUUAUUGCACAUUCUCUUGCCGAAUCUCAGAAAGCCGUCACUGCUGCAACUAAUUACAACAACAGGGUUGUUGAAUGUCGAUUGGCUUCUAUUGUAUUAGGCAUUAAGCUUGGGAUGAAUCCUGAAGAGGCCGUAUCAAAGGUCAAGACACUUUCAGAUGUCGAGGGGCUGUGUGUAGCAUUUUCCGGCACAAACGGAUCUUCAGACCCGAUUCUUGCUGUCAAGGAAUUCUUGAAGGAAGAACCUUACAGCGUCGAAGAUAUUGAAGCAAUUGUGAAUGAAAAGCUGCAGUCGAUCUUUUCCGAAUCUCCUUCUUCCUUGGAUGUGUUGAGAGCUGCAAAGGAUUUUAAAUUGCACCAGAGGGCUGCUCAUGUGUACUCAGAAGCCCGACGUGUCUAUGCUUUCAAAGAUGCUGUUCUAGCAGCCUCAAGUGAAGAAGACACGUUGAAGAAGCUCGGUGACCUGAUGAACGAGAGCCACUAUAGCUGCAGCGUCUUGUACGAAUGCAGCUGUCCUGAGCUUGAAGAGCUUGUCAAGAUUUGUCGCGACAAUAGCGCCCUCGGGGCCAGGCUCACCGGAGCUGGAUGGGGUGGUUGUGCCGUCGCACUCGUCAAGGAGAACAUCGUUCCUCAGUUCAUCCUUAACUUGAAGGAGCAAUUUUACCAAUCGAGGAUCGACAAAGGGGUGAUAGAAAAGAGCAAUCUUGGAGCCUAUAUCUUCGCCUCGAAGCCGUCUAGCGGCGCCGCCAUCAUCAAGCUUUAAUUCAAGAACUGCUACUGUAUUGCAAUGGUGUUUUUUUAUCUUCUUAUAUUUCCUUUACCAGAGAAAUCUGAAACUAUCAAUCUGCUGCAAAUUACAUUUUUUUAACAAAACUCGAUCCAUUGCUUUUUGUUGAGUUUGUUUUA